AUCAAUUCUAAAUAUUCUGAACUGAAUAUAACUUUGAAUCAUCUAAAUUCUUGAGGUCAUAUGCAUAGAAUCUCUGGCGCUCGCUUGGUUUUUUCGGAAUGUAGGCGAUUAUCUAAGUUGAUGGCAUCUUAUCUUGGUGAACCAAGAGUUUACUAUGAGUCUCCUGAUUACGUUAGAUUCUCUAGUAGUAAGCUUGAUUUGGAUGGAAAGAUGAACUUAUCGAGUCCAACCAAAGAUGACCGAAAAAAAAUACUUGAUAGUUCUGAUUGUGCACAAAUGGUUCGUUUGUGCUCAGAACUGCAUUUACAAUGCAGAACAUACCUUGCAAUUAUUCGUGCCAGCAGUCCUUCAGAUAAUGAUUUUUCUGAAAAUGCGCAAUCAGACACGGAUGUUGUGUACACUUUAAAGAAACUUCAUACAUUACUGGAAUCUGGCUUUUCUGCGCGAAUCAAAUACUUAUACUCCAUCGCGAGCGAUUAUGAUUUUGGCUCAUUGCGGGCUAAUGGGAUUCGGAGUUUCUUGAUUAUCACAAUGAGAUGUUGUGCUGUAUUGUUAACAUAUCUUCGACAGAUGAGUUCGUACUCUAUCUCCAACUGGUCUGGUAUAACCCAUCGAAGUGUCAUAUCAUAUGUCAAUUGCUUGAUAGAGCUCAAUGUGUGUCUUGAAGUUGUGAGUCAUUCACCACGCUUUGCUAAUCCAUUGUGUUUAUUCCCUCGCUCGGAAUUUGUUGAUUUACCGGAGAUUGGACAUUGUGAUACAAAACGUAUUAUAAGAAAUCCAUUAAGUGUAAUCCAAACUGCCAAUUCAAAGUUUGAUUCAAAACAAUACUUGGAGGAUUUAUCAGAGUUUUAUCGAUUAGAAACUCUGUCAGAUAAUAUAAAACAGGAAUAUUUCUACGGUCGUUGUUUAGCUUUUUAUUUGUGUCCUAGUGCUCAAAGGAUCUUACAAUUUUUGAAUUCUUUAAUGGCCGGAUAUGGUAACAGCUUUUUGACCAGCAAACAGGGUAUAGCAAGUUUAGUGAAUACAGUUUAUCGAUCUGUCACAUCCUAUUUAUCUCCAGAGGAUCGUGGUAAAAUGUUGGCAAAGCUCACACGGAACUCCAGUGUACAAUUCUGUAAAAUGUUUUGGAGUCUAGCAGAACUACGCGUGAUAUCUGAAGGUCCCAAUGUCAUUUUACCGUCUAUGGCUGUGGCUCAUUCUUUCAAAAUCCAGACAAUACCAUUAAAAAUGUUUUCAAAUAAUCAAAGUGAAGAAAGCGAUAAAGAAUUUGUUGAAAUAGAAACGCCUAAAUCACAUAUUGGUAUAACACCAUUACAAAUGCGUGUAUUGUCGCGUCAUCUUAGACCUGGUCUCGAAUGGACACGUGGCAAUGAACUGCCGAACUUCUUUUUUUCACAAUCAUCAUCUGAGCAUAAAAUACCAGAAAAUUGUUAUCAACGGUCGAAUUCAGUCCAGUUGCCUACCUUUGGAUUAUUUUCACCAAGAAAUUCUUUGAAUACAUCUUCGUUAGGAUCGAAAACACCAACGCCGAAUUAUCGUCGACGUUUUACAUAUGCUAAUUUGAGAGGAUUAAAUCCUACUGGGAAUGAGGAUAGUUCAUCCUCAUCACCAAGUGUUAAAAGAUCGCCAUAUUUAUUGUUCUAUAUACACGGUGGCGGAUUUAUUGCAUUGAAUUCUCAAUCACAAGAUAAUUUCCUGCGUAUAUGGGCUGAACAAUUAGACUGUCCAAUUUUAGCUGUUGACUAUUCCCUUGCACCUGAAGCGCCAUAUCCUCGUGCAUUAGAAGACUGUUAUUAUGCCUAUUGUUGGGUUGCAUUGAAUCGUGAACAUUUAGGCUGUACACCGGAUGCACGUAUUGUUCUUGGCGGUGAUUCAGCUGGUGGUAAUCUAGCCUUAGGUGUAUGUAUGCGUGCACUACACGACGGUAUACUUGACAGUCCUGUUGGCUUAUUCUUAGCCUAUACACCUGUAUUGGUCUCUCUUACACCAUCACCAUCGAGGUUACUGUCUCUGUGUGAUCCUUUACUACCGAUUGGAGUGCUUUCUAAGUGUUUAUUAGCCUACGCUGGAGUUGAUGAAGCCACUUUAAAUCUUGAAGAUGCUUCUUCUUCGUCGUCUGCUGCUUCUGAUGCCAAAAUUGUUGACAAUUCUACAAAUCUUGAAAGUAAAGAAAACUCACCAAACAGUCCAUUAUGGUCACGUUUAGCCUCUAGACUAUGGUAUGGUACAUCUAAAGGAGAAGAAGAAGAAGAAGACGAAGGCAUUAAUACGAAUAAGUCGUCCCACUUACACAGAUCUUCAAAUGCUGCUAAAGCGCAUUUUCGAAAUCAUAGAGAUCAUUCUAUGCCGAGUAAUCUAUCCUUAUUGUUGAAUCAACGAUCUCAUUCGAUAACACCACUGACCAAUCCUAACACUUAUCGUAAGCCUUCAAAGUUGAAUGAAUCAGAAUCACACAAUUACAAUUCGAAUCCAUCAAGUUGUUGUAGUACAGCACCAGGAAAUUAUUAUCUACCUCAAGAGAGUUUACGCUAUUCUAAUGAUAAUUCUACUGAAGAGAGAAACUCUGCUGGUAAUCAUCUGCCUUGUCGACCGCCUACAGAUUUAAAUCGUGUUCGAAAUAUCCCCCUAUCUCAAGAUGCCUAUAUGUCUCCGUAUUUGGCGUCAGAUGAUAUGCUACGGAAACUGCCGCCAAUGGCUAUUGUUUGUUCGCAAUUCGAUCCAUUCUUGGAUGAUGCCCUGGAAUUAGCAAAACGUGUAUCCAAACUAGACAUCCUAGUUGAUGUUCGUGUACUAGAAGAUUUACCACAUGCAUUUCUUAAUUUUUGUCUAUUAGGUCCAGAAUUUCAAAAUGCUAAUAAAAUCUGUAUACAAAUAUUAAAUAAUUUGUUGAAUGAAUGUUAUAAACCCGAAACAUUGUCAUCUCCAGCUCCAGCUCCAUCACCAGCAUCAGCAUCCCCACCACCACAGUCAUCCUCACCCUCAUCAUCAUCAUUAUCACCAACUUUUUCGCCUAGUUCACAGGAUGUUGAUUAAUUUUCAACAGAUGAUAUAUAGAUAUAUACUCGUAUAUUUAAGAGUAUUAUGUAUACAGAUAUGUAUGUUUGUGUAUAAAUUUUAGUUAGUUUCCCUCGAUUAUCACUACACUACACUACCCUGAUCUUUCAUAAUCUUAUAAUACUUGACGUGUUAUAGAAGAAGAGAGUAGUUGUUUCCUCUGUAUCUUCCAUUUGAGAAAUUAUUAUUAUUGCUUUAUAGUGGUUUUGAACAGUAUUCGUGCUUUCAUGUACCAUUUGUCACCUUCCGUCUGCCAUUUCUCGCCUCUUUCUCUCUCUUACUGACACUAACUCUAACUCUCUCUUCUGUGUAUGCAUUAAUUUCAAGGCUUCAGUGAAGACGAUGUGCAUAUCGACGACGGCGAAUAGAUGUCAGAACAUUCACAUUAACACUCUAGCCAUAUAUAUAUAUAUAUAUGUUGUUUCACAGCUCAUUUCUAGCCUCCGCCCAAACUAUCUAACUAGCUAAUUAGCUAGCUAGCUACACCCUGCUCUGCGCCCCAUCUCACCGCCCCACCACACACGUAUAUAUACAACUGAGAGAUUCAUUUCUUUUCACUAUCUAAUAUCUUCUAGAUAUAAAAACAUUUUUCUUUUCGUUUAUGAGAUCACUCACACAGAUAUAUACAUAUUUUCCUCUUUGUUUUGUCCUCCCUAUUUAUUUUGUUUGUUUGUUCUCAGAUUAAUUGUUGUUAGUGGUGUUUCAUUAUUUCCAGAUUAUUUAUUAAUAUUAUCAUUACUAUUACUAUUAUUUUUUAAUUUAAUGUUAAUUUCUGGUUACGUUAUAUAUAUUUCACUUUAGUUUAUUGCGCAAUCAUAUGUAGAGGCAGAGGGAGAGAGAGAGAGAAAGGUGCUACAUCCUGUCUUUCUUGUCAUGAGGCUGUUGUAAUUAUAUAACCUAAUAUAUACAUAUUGUAGUGUGUUCAGUUAUUUCUCCCUUUCUCUCCUUCUCUCUCCCUACUUACAUCUCAUUAUCAUUAUUAUUAUUACUUACUUACUUACUUACUCACUAUCAUUAUUACCAUUUGUUU